AUGUCAAAACGUUGCGAAGAAUCUAGUCGUGCGCAUCUGGUUGACGUUUCACUUUUGUGCAAUAUAUCACCAUCAUAUUAUGCUUAUUGGUAUCAACGUGGAAUGAUAUCAUUAUUAGAAAUUAAUCAAACACAUUUUCAGACAAAAGGACGUUGUAUUGAAAAACAUCGUUCCGAUCAAUAUGUAUUUAGUGAUCAAAUCAAUCGAUGUAAUCGAUGUAUACUAUUUAUUCAACGACACAGAAAUUUGUUACAAUAUCGUGAAAGUGAAUGUAUCGAAGAAACAACAAGUUCUGCAUGUUCAUUGAUUGCUCCAGAUGCUGAUCUCUACACACUUCAUCGAAAUGAUUCAAAGUCAGAACCGUGUCCCAUUUCACCAUCUUAUUCUUUAACAUAUAUCAAAAAUGGAAAUAUAUGUAAUAAAUCAAAUUCUUUCUUGUCUGAAUGCUCAAAUGAAAAUAUGUUUCGUUUACAUUUUGCUUGUUCGAACAUUCAAUUAAUUUGUGUUGCUACAUGGACCGAAGGUUUUCAUAGUUAUUUUGCUGCACGAAUACAACAAGAACAUUAUGCGUGUUUUCAUUAUUCAUCAAAACAUGGUCGAUCUAGUUCAUUUGAAAUGAGUAUGGCCACAUCAUGUACAGACGCAUCCAAUAAACAUGUAGCUACAAUUAUGAAUCUUUCAUCGACUCGUCAUACAGAAUUAUCUUGCAUAUAUCCAGAAUGGUUAUAUCGAGAAUGGCAUUCAUUAAAUAAUUCAUUACAUGUAACAAUUAAUAAUGGAGAAAUUGAACUAAAUACCGGUGAUUAUAAUAAUUCGAGACGUUUUCAUUGUAUUAAAUUAUUACAAACAUUACCGGAUAAAAAUAUACGAGUAUAUCGAGUCCGAUCAUUUUUAAAUUGUCAUGUAUUUGAAAAAUGUCUUACCAUUAUUCAACGUUCAUCAAAAGUAAUCGAAUUAUUAACUGCUCCAAAAGAUGAAUGUAUGAAUGAAGAUUUCUACGAUUUAAAAUUAAUAUUAUUUACAAAAUCAACAACAGAUUCAAUUGAAUAUUGUCCAACAAAUUUAGGUCAUUAUUCACUUUCACCAAUUCUUCAUAAUAUUAAAACAUCAAAACGUAUUCAUCAUAUAAACAAUUUAUGUAAAAAAAUUCGUUCAGUACAAUUGUCUGUAGGAUGUUAUAAUAAUAAAAAAUUAAUAACAACAUUUCAUUGUGCUGAACCAUUUGGAACUGACGUUGAAGAACAUCGUUCAUUCAAAUUUAAUGAUAUUUGUUUGGCAUCAUGGAAACAAGAUACAAUACAAUAUUUGAUUGUUCAAUCAUCUUAUUCUAAUCAAGCCUAUUGCAUGAGUUAUCAAAUUGAAGAAAAUGUUAUUGUACGAAAUGAUACUUCAAAUUGUAUGUUUGAAGAACAUACGAAUAACAAUAUUGUUUAUACUGGCAAAUAUAUGGCAGUACAAUCAACUGUUAAAAACAAUCCAAAAAUUUUAAAUUUUGAAUCAACACAAAAUAAUUCAUAUUUAAACGAAACAAGUGCAAUAUCAAAAAGAAAACAGUCUGCCGUAGCAAAAACCGUGGAUGAUGAUGAUAAUAAUGAAAUGCGGACUUCAGUUGCUUCUAAAAAACGUAAAAUAAAAUUAAAUAGCCAAAAACAGCAAACGAUGAGUGUUGAUGCUAAAUCUCAAGAUAAACGUCCAAAUGCAUUUUUUUGUUUUCGUAUUAUGAAUAAACAAAUACUAGAAAUGGCUAAUGAAAUACAAGAAAAAAUUGUCAAAACAACUCCUUUAUUAUCAAAAGCAUUAAUUUCAAUACCAACAUUGCACAUCACGUUACUCGUAUUUCAAAUAAAGAACGAAGAAGAAAAACAACGAGCUCAAAAAAGUUUACAGGAUGCCUGUGACCAGAUUCAAUCGUCCAAUAUCUCAAGUGUUCAACUUACAUUUCGAAGUUUAUCAAUGUUUGGAAAAAACAUUCUUUACAUUGAUUUAGACAAAGAUUCACACUAUGAGAGACUUAAUCAAUUCGCUGAUACAAGAAAAUUUACGCCUCAUUUAACACUCGUGAAAUUAUCAAAAGCACAUGGUAAUUUACGAAAGAAAGGUAUAAAACAUAUUGAAGAUACUUGGUGCACAAUGUAUAAAAAUCAACAUUUUGGUGUUGAGAAUAUUGAAUCCUUAAUCUUAUGCAAUAUGAUGAAAAAGCAGAUGGAUGGAUUUUAUGAAAUAUUUUCACAAUACAAUCUACGAUACAAGCAAUCAAUUGAUCUUGAUUCAUCAAAUAUUGCUGAUAUAAUAGUCGAUGUUCCACAAGAUAAAGAAGACGACAAGAAGAAACAAAUAUCUGAUGAAUGUAAUAAUGAAAAAUUGAUAUUAGAUACAACGACGAAUAUUUCUUCAAUACUUGACCAUGACAUUCUUGAUGAAGUUAAAUUAUCCGAGACUUUUAUAGUAGAUGAAGUUGAAAAUCUUGACCAGACACAUAAAAUGUGCAACAACUAUUCAAUGACCGAAGUUAAAGUUGAUAUUGAUCAAAACUUAUUUGUAGAACAGAAUACUGGUGAUAAUUUGGUUAUUACUGUAAAUGAGCAGUGUGAUACUCAACCUCUACUAAAUAUGCCUCUUCUCAAUAAAAUUUUGUUUCCCGCUCCAAAUCCGCCACAUUAUUCAUCAACAGAUCAUCCUAAAAAUUUAAUUUGGCUUCCUGCUGAAGAAACUACAUCAGCUAUACCAUGUUAUUAUUUUGUACCUUCAAAUUGCGAAACAUCAUCAUUAUUUAUCAUUUGGAUACACGGAAAUGGCUGUGAUAUCGGUAGUAUGUACACAACAUUAAAGUAUUAUAGCAAAGCAUGGAAUGCACAUAUCUUAGAAUUUGAAUAUCCCUCCUACGGAUUAUGUGAUAAUUCAGUUUCUCCGUCUGAGCAAUCAAUCAAUGCUCAUGCACGUCGUGCGUAUAGUUUUGUCCACGAUAUACUCGGUUGUCCAUCAGAACGUAUUGUUUUUUAUGGACAUAGUAUUGGAAGUGGCGCCGCUUGUUACAUGGUUUCUUAUUUAAUUCAGAAACAAAUUCCCGUUGGUGGUCUUAUUUUGCAAAGUGCUUACAAAUCAAUAACAGAUUUGAUUAAUGAAAAAGUAAGAGUUUUAAGAUAUUUAUUUCAAAAAAGUUGGAAUAAUAUACAUGAAAUGGAAAUUAUUACAUGUCCAGUCUUGAUGAUACAUGGAAAAAAAGAUUCUUUAAUUCCUUACCGACAUUCGGAAGCACUUCAUGCGGCAUGUGUUUCAGAGAAAAAGGAAUUAUAUUUGAUUUCUGAUGCUGAUCACAAUUCAAUCAAAGAUGAGGAUGUUGCUCAACGUGUUUCUAAAUUUUUUACUCAAUAUUUAGCUAAUGAUUCUGAUAUAUUUCUUAAUAUAAUAUUAAAUGAGAAAUAUUAUGUUGAACCGGAUAAGAAAAAACCAUUAUCAACUGGCAACAUCCUAAGUAAAUUAUUCUGCGUAUCGACAGCAUCUAUUAAUGCAACAUCUUCAGUAUCGGCUGCUACUAGUCAUAUAACGACGCGAUCUGACAUAAAUGAGACGUUAAAUGUUGAUAAAACCAACUUAUAG